CCCUGCUACUGAAACAGCUAGGCUUAGGCACUACAAGGAUCGGAACGUACAAACGAACGAACUCCUUAUGAAGUUAUGUCCACAAGCUCUGCUCAUGUUUGUUCAGAAGGCUUUGAAAGGAAAAUCUGGCAACGUUUUUUAAUGACCCUUCCAAGAUAAAUGGCUAUCACGAUCAGCUACUGAAAAAUGAAAAAUAUACAAGGAACAAUCGGCACACCUAUAGUGACGUCACUAUCCAUAUAAAAGCGUUCUUUAAAAAAAAAACGAAGUCCUACUCAUUUGUACUGCCCCUCGUUACACGCUACGUUUCAUCAGUGCCAGGUAUGAUCGAAACUUGACCUUGCACUUCCGUUUCCGGUGUCAUUUUGUAUGGUUUCCGGACCAAACAGAAGAAAUCGAUCUUGACAACAGUUGACACCGAGACAAAUAGCCACGACUCGACUUAAGCUUGUGAAGCCCAUGUCAUAGUCAGCUCAGAUCAGUGCUGUAGAUGCCGUAUGUUUGUAUAGGUACUAAAACCCCUUAAGAGUAUCAGCCGAGCAGCCCCCGACAGUACGGAGAGGGCUGUGCCUCGCCAGCCAGUUGCCGCCGGUCUUACGUUCUCAGCAGUGGAACAACAAACGUUGGCCGGUGAACCGCAGCUGUACAUGACACAGCAGAGAGACCUCGGCAUAAAGGCUGCGUCUCACAGAGGUCGUCCGGGGACGCUUUAGUUUUAGCGCGGGCUUAGGAGACAGAACAUGCACUGACUUCGGAAUAAGCCGUAUAGAUCUGACGUUCCUUCGGUUUCGAUUAGAGACGUGGUGUCUUCACUGACGUUCUAGAACGCACCGAGGGAACGACUUCCCGACGUUGCCAGGAUACUACACAUACCUGUCGAUUUCCUUCACCUCGGAGGGGAGAGAAUGGUCGGCUAGCCGCGCAAUUAAGGCGAAUGAUUGUUGCCGGAAGUACGUACUGGGAGGGGAACCAUAACGACAUGGAGAAGCUUGCUAUGGUGAGCCCGGACAAGGAACUGAAGGAAGCGGGCAUGGCCGAAGAGAAAGGUGACCAGGGGCUCGAGACCGGGGUGUGCACGACAUCGAUCUCUCCCCCUCCCCCCGAACCCCCCGCGUUCUCAGAUGACACAUGUACGGCCUCGGGGUUGGACUUACAAGGUUUGGAAGACGACGACAUGCAAGACGAGGAGCAGCUCAAGAUGGUAGCGGGGCUGGCCGCCUUCCAACUCGAGUCUAAGAUAUUCAGUCUGGUGCUGCCCAAGUCGCUGAUCCACCCUUACAUUUCACCGCGGACGAUUAAAGACAUGGAGAACAUAAUCAACAAGUUCAGUAGCCCGGAGAGCAGCGACAAGCUGGAAGGAGCGGCGGAGAAGUGGGAGGAUUUGAAGGUAGAAUUGGACUUCACGAGAAGUCACGAUCAGGUCAUACAGACGCUCAAGUCGGACUACUUACAUGUCCACAACCCACUGAAGGUCAUGGCUAAGGUACACCAAAGGUGUUCUGAAACAGAAGUGCGGCACGCGCUAAAGGCCAGGUUACCGGACCGGCUACGGCAAACCGGGGAGGACAUUCUAGUCAUGAUGGGAAAAUUAGACCUCAUUCCGAGAUGAAGGGACAGGCGGCCUAUGAUUGGCUCACCCUUCGUCACGUGCUGUGUUUGUCUGAUGCUGCUUACUACGUACAUGGAGAUUAAGAUGUAUCUCUCUGCCUACAUCCGGCCGAACAGCUGCUUUUAACCUGUUGAAUUGGUUUUUCCGGAACGAGAUUCAUUUCUUUACCACACUUCCCCCGUGCGGUCUGGUUUUCUAUUUCAGUAGUUGUGCUACUUUGAGCUUCAAUAUACUCCUCGAACUAGCGUAUGAUAAAAAAAAGAUUGAAGUGCUAUGAUAAAUAACGCAAGAGAAGAUACAUAAAGACGAUGGUUCCCUCAAGAGGAGACGGUUUACUUGGCUUAAGAGUCUCUACCAGACUCCAUAGGUCACUUAAAAUAUAGUAGAAAUUCGCCAACUGGACAGAUAAACAACCAGACGAUGUAGCACACAGUACCGCCUGCCUAACUCCUCUGGCAUGUUUUGUGUCUUUCUGGCCAAUUUCUACUAAGUUAGCGACCUACGGAGUCUAUUAGAGACUACACGAAGAGCUGCUCUCCAAAAGUUUGCCUGCUACUCAAGUUAACACUAACUCUCUGGAAAAUGAAUAUUAGCUAUAUAAGACCCUUGUACAGGUCGUUUUUACAAAUCUAUGUACAAUUGACCAUA